GGUGGGGAUGGAGCCGCCCUGGGGGUACUGUGGCUAUGAGUUUUAAGAAAGCAGAAAAAGGGCUUUUGUUGAGUUCUCUCCCCACCCUGGAGCUGCUUCCCAUCCCUGCAGCCUUUGUGCAUCGCUGUCUGCCGAACAGGACGGUGGUUUUGUUGUCUGUACCCCAUGGAUGUGAACUCGGGGUUCCUGACGCUGCUCUGUGUGAGCACAGGGGACGCGUGGUGGUGGCUGAGGUGCAGGAAAUCCCUGUGGUAAACAAACCCAGCCCUGGCAGCUGUGUGAGAUUAAUGACAGCCUCGUGCUGGGGACACAGGGUCUGUCCCAGGCUCCCAACCAGACCAGAUCUUAUUUUCCUGUGCUGCUCCCCCAAAGCUUUGGCGCAGGGACUGGAAUGCUGUCACCCCUUGCAGCUGCCAGCAGCCCCACUCUCCAGCUCAAAUGCCAACUGGGGGACGGGGCUGUGCUGUCACCCGAUCCCCGCAGCCCCUGGAAUGUCCUCUGGGUGCUAUAAAAGUGGGGGCAGAGAGCUGGCGCUCGGGGCCACGUGGGUGGAAGGAGUGAGACGGGGACACGGAGCCGAGCGCUCAGGGUAAGGCUCUGUGGGACACCAGGAGUCAGCGGGCUGCACCAGGCUGCUCCGGGCCUCAGUUUCCCUAAGGAUGCAGAGAAACAGAGCAGGAUUUGAUUCUGUGCUUGUCUGAAGCCAAGCAGAGCUGCGGCAGUGAACCGUCAUCUCCAUCCGUGAGCCAGGAGCCCCAUAGGACGCGGCGUCCCACUGCCAACCUUUGCGUUCCCUCCCAGCCAUCAUGGUGGGCCUGAAGCCCCCCGAGGUGCCCCCCACGGCCGCUGUCAAGUUCUUCAGCGCCGGGACGGCCGCCUGCAUCGCUGACCUCUGCACCUUCCCCCUGGACACCGCCAAAGUGAGGCUGCAGAUCCAAGGUGAGGUGAGGAUCCCACACAGCACCAACACGGUGGAGUACCGGGGUGUGCUGGGCACGCUGAGCACCAUGGUGAGGACCGAGGGACCCCGCAGCCUCUACAGCGGGCUGGUGGCCGGGCUGCAGCGGCAGAUGAGCUUUGCCUCCAUCCGCAUCGGGCUCUAUGACUCUGUGAAGCAGCUCUACACCCCAAAAGGGGCAGAGAGCACAGGGCUGCUGGCGCGGCUGCUGGCGGGCUGCACCACGGGGGCCGUGGCAGUGACGUGCGCCCAACCCACUGACGUGGUCAAGGUGAGGUUCCAGGCUCUUGGGGCACUGCCAGAGAGCAACCGUCGGUACAGCGGCACCGUGGAUGCCUACAGGACCAUCGCCAGGGAGGAGGGAGUGCGUGGGCUGUGGAGAGGGACGCUGCCCAACAUCGCCCGCAAUGCCAUCAUUAACUGCGGUGAGCUCGUCACCUACGACCUCAUCAAGGACACGCUGCUGCGGGCGCAGCUGAUGACAGACAACGUCCCCUGUCACUUCGUGGCUGCUUUUGGGGCCGGAUUCUGCGCCACGGUGGUGGCGUCACCGGUGGAUGUGGUGAAGACGCGGUACAUGAAUGCCAGCCCUGGGCAGUACCGGAAUGUGCCGAGCUGCCUGCUGGCCCUGCUGCUGCAGGAUGGCAUCGCUGGUCUCUACAAGGGGUUCGUCCCCUCCUUCCUGCGCCUCGGCUCCUGGAACGUGGUGAUGUUCAUCUCCUAUGAGCAGCUGCAGCGUGUGGUGAUGCUGGCCCGAUCUGCACCCCCCUGAUGGCCCCCAGCCCCAGUCAUCAGCGCUGAUGAGCCGCAGCAGUCAAUUAUAUUAAUUGCUGAAGCAGCAGGGAAGGGAGACAGCAAAGGUCCCCAACCCUAUGGGAUGAGAGGGACCAAAGGCGGCUCUGUGAGGGACCAGCAGGAGGAGAAAUGGAGAGAAGGGAAGGAUGGAGUUGUCCACAGCGGAGAGGGGAGAGGAAAGAAGGAGGUGUUGAGGUUUUCCAGUUGGGAACAGCAGCACUUCCUGGCAGCAGUGGGACAGAGGUGGGAAGGA